UAUGUCCAUGCCUUCUGUCCCCAUCACCGUCGAGCACCCUCAGUACACGCAGACACUUGUUGUCCAUGUACCUCCCACCGCUACCGUCAGCGACAUUAAGCAAGAAAUCUCACGUGAAUGUCCCGGAAAUCCGCGAGUGGAAGGCCAGCGACUCAUCAGCAAAGGUCGUGUCCUUGACGAUGGAGAGUGUGUGGAGACACUUUGGACAUCUGAGGACUUGCGGGUAGUCCACUUGGCCGUUAACCCGCUGUCAUGGUCCUCAAACCCGCCAAAUGUUACCGUCGUCGACGACUCCACGUCUACUGCUUUCGUUGCAUACAGUGAUUUACUGCAGCGCCGGGCACAAGCAACUGAGACUCCGGUGAACAACAUACCCAACACGCCGCCUGUCAUGUUGCCUCAGUUUGAGACGUUGCCGUUCAUCAGUCAUUUGCACCACAAAGCAUUGCGUGCGCUAUCUCCAUCAACACCUCCAGCGGCUCCCGGAGCAGAUGAUUCACUCGCUGCGAAGGAGUAUGCAAAGACAGUGUUGCAGGCAUCGAACUACCCGUGGCCGGAGAUAUUUGACGCAGAGUUCCCUACUUCUACAAAUGGCGGAGUGGCGUAUGAAUUCACUUUAAUUGGUGGGAAACCAUUUUUACAGAAUUUGACGCCCUAUGCUACGCCAACUCCCCGGCAACAACAUGCAUUAAAUGUCCUAUCAUACACAUUCCCGCUCCUUACCUUUGCACCUGCACGACCACAAGCUAUUGUCAACAGUGGCAAUGGUACGACACCAAACGCAAAUAUCAUAAACAACCUAAACGGUGGCCCUCCAAGGCCAGACGCAAACGUUCGGAACGUAAUCGCAGUCCGAGUGAACAUGCGCGAAUUGCUUACACCACUAAUUCUCCUCUUCAUCCGCACUCUUAUACUCCUUUACUUCUUUUCUCCGGCACGAAAGCCCGUAUUUGGCAUCUUACUCGGUGCUUACGUUCUAUAUGAAGCGUGGGGUGCAGUCCGAGGGGCUGUCUUUGAUGUUGGGCCGUUGAACGGAAACGAUCCUGGCGCUCGUGACCGUCGACGACGUGCUCGUCCAGGUAACGAGGACGCUCCUCCGCCUCCCGCUCCAGGAGCAAUCGUACCUCCUCAUCAGAAUCCGGGUGCCGCAGCUGCAGCGAACUUGGAAGCAGGGAUCGACCAUCUCGCACAGAUGUCCUUGGACACGGAGGCACGCUGGUUAGAGAACGGCGCUCCCGAGCCGAGUCUUUUCUAUAAAGUCACUUCGUUUGUGAUGUUGCUCGUUCUCUCGAUACAUCCCGCAUUCUGGAAUCGUCGACGGAUGGCACUUAGAACACGGGAGGGGCGCGUGAGGACUGAGGCGAAUGCGCUGGAGGCGGCGGUGGCGCAGCAAGCGGAGGGAGAGGAAGGUGGUGCUGGUGAUGAACGUGCUCGGUUGGCGCGAGAGCAGAUGAUUAAUCGACUUACGAGGAGGCCUGUUUGGAUAAGAGAGUAUGUCGAGCGUGUUAGGAGAGGCGAGUGGGUUGAUGAUUGAUAUAAUAAAUACCACUGGCAAUUUUUUGUCAUGUCGUUUAUUUAUUUGUCUGUACGGAUAUAUUCAUUGUAGAUUAUUCGC